CAUAUAAUCACUCUUUGUUUUUCUAGACUAGUCAUUGUGAGGGUUUACAGAAAAAAAUGCAAGGGGUUUUGAAGGCUCACCAACUUGCUAGGGUUUUGAGACGCUCGUCCUCUCCGAUUUUGCUCUACUCAGUGUCGCGUGUUUUAUCUCCUUGUAUCCUUGAAGAUAUUCAAUCUUCUUCUCAAUGGCGUGGUUACUUUAACUCUGGUACGAUUUAUGGAAAUUAUAUGAAAAAAGAAUGCAAUCUUCAGAGAAAUGUAUGUCGGUGUCAGAAAUGCUCUGUGAUGCUCAGGGCUUCGUUUUCUACGGAAGCAGGGACAGCUGAAAGUAGUAUCACAGAGUCUGUGAAGGAAUUGUAUGACAAGAUACUGAAGUCUGUCGUGGAUCAAAGAAGUGCUCCGCCCAAUGCCUGGUUGUGGUCCCUAAUACAAAGUUGUGCGAACCGUGAAGAUGCUAAUCUUUUAUUUGACAUAUUGCAGAGACUUCGGAUAUUUAGACUUUCUAAUCUCCGUAUCCAUGAAAACUUCAACUGUGCUCUCUGCCAGGAAAUUACUAAGGCAUGUGUACGUGUUGGUGCUGUUGAUUUGGGUAAGAAGGUGUUGUGGAAGCAUAGUGUAUAUGGACUGACUCCUAACAUUGGAUCUGCGCACCAUUUACUGUUAUUUGCUAAACAGCAUAAUGAUGUUAAACUCUUGGUAGAAAUUAUGAAUCUGGUGAAGAAAAAUGACUUGAUCCUGCAGCCUGGAACUGCAGAUAUAGUCUUCAGCAUUUGCUCCCAAACUGAUAAUUGGGAUUUGAUAUGCAAGUAUGGUAAAAGGUUUGUCAAGGCAGGAGUGAAGCUACGGAAGACUUCCUUCGACACUUGGAUGGAGUUUGCCUCAAAAAUAGGAGAUGUGGAUGCUUUGUGGAAAAUUGAGAAGAUACGAUCAGAAAUCGUGAAGGAACAUACUCUUGGAAGUGGACUUUCAUGUGCUAAGGGUUUCCUAAUUGACCACAAACCUGAAGAUGCUGCUGCCGUCAUUCAUUUACUCAAUCAGACUGUACCUGAUUCGAGAAGGCAAAAAUUCAUGGCUGAACUUCAAAAGCUAGUUGCGGACUGGCCUUUGGAGGUGAUAAAGCGACAAAAGGAUGAGAGGAGGAAGGAGUUGGCUGCAACACUACAACAUGAUAUUCCUGCCAUGCUCAGUGCCUUGUCAAAUAUGGGCUUGAAGUUGGAUGUAAAUGUGGAAGAUCUGACAAGAAGAGAAGGCAUUUUAUCUUGAUUUUGGUGAAUAAACAUCAAACAUCAUAUUAUCCAUUUACUGCAUAUUUUUGAGAAGCAGCCAUCUCUGUUUACUGCCUUCAUGAGCAUCUGCACAUGUUUCAGUCUUCGCAGGUGCGACACAAGCCUUAGUGGCUUGAAGGUAGCCUCAGAAUACUGCCAUUACUAGUUAGCUUGAGUGAGGAUUCUUCUGAAUCCGAAACAUUGAAUUACUAUUCUCAUUAGUUGACGUUGGUAGUUUCAUUCUGAAUCGUGUUUGGAUUGGGGGGUGCGGGUGAUUCAGUUGGUUCAAAUUCCUUUUUUCCCAUUUUUGGUCCUCUUUGAUAUAGAUGGAUCUGACUGCAGAUAGAGAUGGUAACCCUGAAGCAGUCGGAAGAUAUGUUUGAAAUCUCAGAUAUCUUUAUCUUUACACAGUUCAGGAGCUACUUUGCUUUGGAAAACACGAGUACCCCUGCAAUAAAAUAGAAGCAGCGCUGUGGUAUGUUUGUUUUUA